AUGCAGAUCUUCUGGAUAGGCCUACUGGGCGUUGCGGCUGCUCAGCUCGACUCCGUCCCGCAAGGCUUUGAUCCCAAUCACUGGGCAUGGGUCUCGAAUACGGAUCCUUUGCUCGCAGUUAUACCAGGGACUUUCAACCGCAGCGUCUAUGAGGCACCUUCAGCGGCAAAUGUGUCUGACCAAAGAGUGGUAUCCAUCAAUGACCAGAUCAACCAGACCAGCUUUGUCGCGUAUGAUGAGCGCUUCUUUGACAUCAUCGGGCCAGACGCUGUCGUAGAGCAGCUCCAGGCGCUGGCGUUCCAAGUCCACGAGGCUCCAUGUUAUAUUCCUGAGACCAACUCACUCUUCUUCGUGGAAUGGGGGCCACCGGGUGGAGGAGAAAAAGGACGGCAUGACUCCCAGUAUCUCCUUGAUCUCACGACCAACAAUCUGACGCUCAUCAAAACUAAUCCUCCAUCCUGGAAUGUCCACGGCUGCGUCUAUAGGUCGGGUCAGCUCCACGUAGUUACCGAUGGAGGACCAGAGGAGACUGGCUACCUUGCCACCAUAGACCCUCAGACAUGGAAACGAACAACGCUGCUGAACAACUUCUAUGAGCGUCCCUUCAUUAGCUUCAACGAUCUCGAGAUCGAUGACGACGGCAACUAUUACCUUACCGACUCAUAUUCCGGCUGGGGCCGGACAUUACAUCCUUAUGGCGUGCCUACGCCUCCCACGGUCUAUUUUGUCAACGGCACAACCCUUAGACUGAAAGAGCUUGCUGUCCUUCCCGUUGGCGGAAAUGCAAACGGCGUCUCUCUUUCUCCUGACGGCAGUACGCUCUACCUUGCGGACACUGGUGCGACAGGCGCUGUGGCCACGAACAAGACCGCGGCUCGCAACCCGCAGGGUGGCCGUGACAUCUAUGCUUGGGACUUUGCUGUAUCAAAGACGACGGGCGAGCGACUGCCACUGCUCACGAGUCAGAAAUUGCUCAGCCGAGCGAUACAGUACUUCUAUGAUGGUAUCAGGGUCAGUGAGAGCGGCCUUAUCUUUGGGGCAGGCGGCGAGGUUGUGGAAGUGAUUGAUCCUGAAAGCGGAUGGACGCUGGGAAGCAUCAGGUUCGGUGGUGGUGGCAAUGACCCGGUGAAUGUAGUCCUGGGAGAGCAUGAGCUGUGGGUUGUGGGUAAAGGUGGUGUCUGGCAUGUGAAAGACGUGAAGGAGACACUGAGACGAUAUUAG